AUGGGACUCGCUUCUAAACUUGCUGCUGCUCAAGGUGGCCAACCUCCAUAUCCAGGAGGUCCCGGCGCAGGAGGACCUCCAAGCGGACAACCACCACAGGGCUAUGUGAGUCUCAUUGUGCAUGUGAUUCGAAGUAACUUUUUCGCUAAACAUUCGCUCAGCCCGGGCAGCAACAAUAUCAAGCAUAUAACCCAGGCCAAGGCCCACCACAAGGUACUGGUAGAGGAGGACCACCCUUUGUAA